UCCGGCCUUAUCUGGUACCUACUCGAGCCACUGCUCCUUCUAGAUGUUUGUUGCUUGAUUAUUUUGCGAAUGAAGAGGAUAGCGGAGCUCAGUGUGGGCUGUGCUGCGCUGGCUUGUGUUUCAACAGGACAUGUACCGUAUGAGAGGAUCGGUAUUACUCACUACUAAAAGCCUGUUCCACCCUUGUUUUUUCUGGCUUGAAUACACAAUAGUGUCACAAACAAGCUGUUUAGACGAUUGGUCAAAACGAUGUCAGCAAGCUUUAGGGAUUAGCCAAAAAAAUGGUCGUCGCGUUGCUUGCAGUGUGCAAUGCCAUGCAGGAAAAUCCGGACCAAGAGCUCUUUAUCUUAUCUUUCUUGCUGCAGUAUCUCCAGGCUUAGCUUGAUGGUCUCGACUUUACCAUGUCAAUUACACAAUAGAGAAAAUUAUUCAGCCCAGCAGAUCCGUUAAGUUCAGGUAAUAAUAAGUGUGAGUCUAAUUUAUGUCGCGGAUAAAUGCGGAGAUGGUAGGUCUACAGUAAACAAGUCGGUAAUCACCCUGUCCGCAUAGUAAGUAUAUCCGGCUUCUGUCAGUGAUUGUUUUUCGACUUGAAUUCGAAUCAGAAGAUAUCCAAGUUCAUAUCUUUGCAUUCAAAAUUGGCUUUUGAAUGUCGAACUUCUAAUACGCUGCCAACGUGAAAUUAAUGAUUAGGCUACUGAUGCAGAUCAAGGAUAGUCCAAUUUCUCCUGUACUUAGCGCUGCACUAAUGAUUGUUGAGACUCGUCAUCUCUUGGUACAGAAUGGCCAUCUUGGAUCAUGAAAAACGAAAGGACCGGCUGGGCCACUUAAGUAGACGGAGCCUAGAGAAUUUAAAUACAAGAAUGUUCCUCGUAAGAAAUUUACUAUCAAAAAUGAGAUUUAAAUUGAGUACUUAUGAUCCAGAUAAUAUCACGAAUUACGUGCUUUUGGAGAUCACGCUCCUUUUAAAGAACAUUCGGUCAGUUAGACUGCUUGUGGAUUCAUGCCGAAUAUAUAUCCAGCAUAUUCGAUUGAUUCACUUUCCACUAUCCGCAAAGACAAUACCUCAGUAAGUGAUACUGCGCCGUACAGUUCACGUAAGACGUUUGGAUCAGCAAUUUCCGGCCCAAUCUCAAGCUAAAGCGCCUUUCCCUUAAAUAUUGAUGCGUUCUGCUCAAACGUCUGUAAAGCUCAUAGGUGAUACAUUUUAAACAAAAUUCCUAACAUUACACCACUACCGUAGAAUGAUUAUUCGCGAUAAUAUAUACUCCGGAGUAUGAGGAUAAAGUCUGUUGACGAAUCAUGACUCUGCCAAAUGUUAUAUGUAGGUCAAAGCGCUAUAACAUACGAAAUUUGCUGGAUGCCAAGCGUUUUCCUAUCGUUAACGAUAGGUUGCUCUCGACCAUUCUUUCUUCGGCGACUUUAUGCGGUACGACGCUGGUUGUCAGUUUCGAUGGGCUGUACCACUGUCGCAAAGCCUAUAGCAAAUAAACGAGUUAGGCAGGUAAUCUGACUGUUCGAUUGAGCUCGAAAUGAUACAAAUGAUAGAGUACUAGAUACGCAGACAAAAUUUUGCGUAAGUUCCUCUGUCUGCUCGACAUUUUGAUGCAAUUCGACAAGCCGACACCUUUGUGACAUUUGAGCAGCGGACUUUACAUUAUGGGAU